AUGAUCAAGCAAAAAUCAGCAAUCAUUUUGAGAAGCUUUUUAAAUCCAAAUAGAUAUAUACGGAAAUUAAAAUUUAUUAAGUUCAAUUUUGUAACAACAAUGGAUCCAAGUGUUAUAGAAUAUCCGCAAGUUAAACGAGAAGAAGUAGAAGAAACAUUUUUCGGAAAAGUGAUAAGCGAUCCAUAUAGAUGUCUUGAAAAUCCUGAUUCAGAAGAUGCCAAGAAGUUUGUUGAUGAUCAGAACGCAAUUUCCCAACCAUUUUUGGAGAGUUCAGACACAUGGAACAAGAUCAAUAAGAAAUUGACAUCUCUUUGGAACUUUGAGAAAUAUGGAGUUGCUUCAAAACACGGAAAUAAAUACUUUUAUUCAUACAAUACUGGACUACAAAAUCAAAAUGUUAUUUACUGCCUAGACAGUUUGUCAAGCGAGAGUAAAUUAUUUUUGGACCCUAAUUCUCUAUCCACCGAUGGGACUGUAGCUUUAACAAACUUGAAAUAUUCAAAAGAUGGGAGUCGAGUUGCGUACGGUCUCUCGUCUUCUGGAUCAGAUUGGGUUACCAUUAAAUUCCGGAAUGUUGAAACAAAUGAAGAUUUUGAUGAUGUUUUAGAGUAUAGCAAGUUUUUUCAGCCCACAUGGUUUCAAAAUCAAGGAGUUUUUUAUGGAACAUUCCCAAAUUUCGGUACUGCUGAUGGGUGUGAAACUAAUGCUAAUGAAAACCAAAAAGUGUAUUAUCAUAAAAUUGGAGAAAAACAAGAGAAUGAUGUUCUAAUUGCAGAAUUUCCGCACGAACCAAAGUGGCGAUUUAGCAGCGAAAUUUCGGAUUGUGGAUUUUACCUAAUUUUUUACAUAAUGGUCGGAUGUAAUGAAAAUCUAGUUUAUUUUGCCGAUUUACGCAAAACACCUGAGAUUACAGGAAAAUUGGAUUUUGUUAAAGUCGUUACAGAAUUUAAAUACGACUAUGAGUUCAUAACAAAUAAUGAGAAUAUCUUUUAUUUUCGCACAAACGACAAAGCUCCAAACUAUCGAAUUAUUACCAUAGACUUUAAUGAUCCUAAUGCUGAGUGGAAAACAUUAAUAGAAGAGCAUCCAAAAAAUGUUCUUGAUUGGGCAUGUUGUGUUAAUAAGAAUAAACUUGUUCUUCAUUAUAUGGUUGACGUUAGGUCCGCACUUCAAGUUCAUUGUUUAGAAACAGGCAAGUUUGAUUUUGAAUUUAAAAUCGACUAUGGCUGCAUUCAAGGAUUUUCUGGAGACAGAGAUAGUUCAGAAAUAUUUUUUCAAUUUGUUAGUUUCCUAGUGCCAGGAAUUGUCUAUCAUUUUGACUUUGAAAACCUCAAUUGUGAACCGAAAAUAUUCAAGGAAACCAAAAUUCCCAACUUUGAUCGAGAUGCGUACAAAGUUGAGCAGAUAUUUUAUCCAAAUAGUGAAGAUGGAGAAAAAAUUCCAAUGUUUAUCGUUAGAAAGAAUAGAAAAGAAAUUCAACCAACACCAACUCUUUUGUAUGGUUAUGGAGGUUUCGGAAUAUCUCUACAGCCAACAUUCAGUGUCACAUUUCUUGCGUUUAUUGAUGCUUUUGACGGAAAUUUAGUUUACGCUAAUUUGAGAGGAGGAUCUGAGUUUGGAAUGAAUUGGCAUGAUAAUGGACGUUUGUUAAAUAAACAAAAUGUUUUCAAUGAUUUCCAAUCUGCAGCGAAAUAUCUAAUUGAAAACAAUUACACUAAGAAGGAGAUGUUGGCAAUUCAAGGAGGAAGUAAUGGAGGUCUCUUGGUUGGAGCUUGCAUCAACCAACGACCUGAUUUAUUUGGUGCAGCGGUGGCUCAAGUUGGUGUUUUUGACAUGCUUCGUUUUCACAAAUUUACUAUCGGAUCUGCUUGGAUAAGUGAUUAUGGCUCACCAGACGAGAAACAGCAUUUUUUUAAUUUAUUAAAAUAUUCUCCUCUCCACAACGUUCAUAUACCAGAAAACUAUCAACAAGAAUAUCCUUCCACCAUGAUUUUGACUGCUGAUCAUGAUGAUCGAGUAAGUCCAUUGCAUUCAUUGAAAUUCGUUGCAACUCUCCAAAGUGCUGUCAAACAAUCUAAAUUUCAAAGAAACCCCAUUUUGUUACGAGUUUAUAAAAAAUCAGGCCAUGGUUUUGGUAAACCAGUUACGAAGAAAAUCGAGGAAGCAACUGAUAUUUUAACUUUUCUUUAUAAAGUCCUUAAAAUUAAAUCUGAACUAAAUUGA